AUGGGACCUGUCUCUAAACCAACCAAGAGGCAAACCCCCAAGAAACGAAAGUCCGACAAGGCUGCAACAUCACAGGCUCCACCAAACAAACAGAAGAAGCCCGCUAGGAGGCUUAUUCUACAAUGCUCAAGUGAUACUCCGCCUCGCUCCCCUACCCCAGAAAUUCCAAUUUGCUCUCACUCUCCUUCACCUCCACCAAUAACCAUACCAGUAUCUAUCCCUCCUAUAUUUCCCAUUCCAACCACUCAACCAUUCACUACAAUUCCUAUCCCUACUCCCAAUUUCACAGAUACCACUACUACCACAGGAGCUCACUUUACUACUCCCAAUCAACCAGUAACAAUCAAACCACCUGUCACAAUCGAACCUCAAGCUACUUCAAAAUCCUUAUAUCCCACUCAAUCCACUGAAACAACUCCUAUUCUUGGCGGAGAGGACUUGGAAUUUGAUUCCACGUAUUUUAGUCCUUAUCGUCUGCAGAGUGAUGAUAAUGACGAUGAGCCUGUUACAAAGCAUCAUCUCAAGUGUCAACAAGCCUCUCUUGCUGUUGAUGCUUCUACUAAGGAGUGCAGGGAAGUGACCGUAAAAGUCGAUAAACUAGUUUCUGAAGCUCACCUGUUUUUAGAUUCCUUGCAGGCUGCUUCUGCAAAGAAUGCCCAAAUCGUCAAUGCUUCAGUGGAGAAUCUUCAACGGUGCACCUUACAGCUAAAACUGCAAAACCACAAGCUACGUACUGCUAGUGCUGAGGUAAAUGACCUAAAGUCGAAAAGGGAGGUCAUUCGGAGUUCUGCUACUGAUGUUCACUCCAUCCUUCUCCAUCUCAUUGAGGCUCGUUAUCCUAUCAUCACCAUAACCAUCAUGCGCCAUCUGGCAGACAAGCUCAGACCAGCAUUGGACAUCCUUAGUCGUAUCGAGGGUGUUCCAGUGACUGGGUCUGUAAUGCCCGGGUUUUAG